AGCUACCACCGCAUGCCAAGAUACUUUUAUAUUGGUAUAGAUAUGAGACAUUUUAGGAUUAGCUUUAUCGGAGUUCGUUUUAUUUGACGAAAAGUAGUGGAAACCAUAUACUAUUUGUAAACUUUUUUCAUUCUUUUCACAUGAUUUUUAAAGUGAGCAUUCAACGAUGCAGGAUACAUGAUGUUGAUCUUUAAUCUGUGAUGUGCUGCAUGUCCACACAGCUUUAAUGUCGAUGCAUCAUUACAAUUUAUCAUCAAUCACUUUAAGAAUUGCACCUUCAAAAUCCUUAUCCUUCCACCGCCUACCGCCGUUGCCACCACCACCACCACCACCACCACAAUCAUAUUUCAAUCAAGUGAUGGCGGCUUAUGGUGCGGCGACUUCUCUCAAGAAUACGAUUCAGCGUAUUCUACAAUCGUCUCGCAUUUCUCUCGUUUCCCACUCUCCACAAAUCUUACAGCCUGUCUACGACGAGAUGGAUCGCUUGCAGAAAGUUCUACUCAAAUUGGAUGACACCAGCUGCAGCAAGAUCAGGACGGAGGUGAAUGCUUUGGAUGAACGAAUCAAAGAGGCAGUUUGGGAAUUCGAAGAUUUACUUGAAUCCCAUAUCUUGCCUCAGAUUCUUCCUCAACUCGAAAGCGAGAGAGACAACUUGUCAUUCUCUGUAGAUCUGCAGGGUCUGCAACACCAUGUUGAUUGCUUGGUCGAGAUGGUGAAGAUGAUGGAGGAAGAGUACAUCAUUGAAAUGGAGAAUAUGGCUGAAGAAGAAGGUGAGCCUAUUUCCUCAAGAAUUGAUUUUGGUGGAAUCAACUCAAAGAUGGUUGGAUUAUCUGAAGAAUUUCAAAAAGCCAGAGAUAAUCUUCUUGAAGAUAAAGACUAUUCGAUUAUUGGGAUGGCAGGCGUUGGAAAGUCAACUCUUGCUAAACAUAUUUUUGAAGAUCCAUCGAUUCGGAGCCAUUUUGACUUUCGAGCAUGGGUCAAAGUGGGCAGGAAAUGCGAGCCCAAUGAACUAUUACGCUGCAUUCUAGCUCAAGUGGAUCCCAACGCUUACCGAAGAAUGCUUGCCCAAGGAGAUGACCAUGAUGUGGAAUUAGUUGGACUAUUGAAAGAAAAAUUGCAUGAUAAGAAAUGUCUCAUCGUGUUGGAUGAUGUUUGGGAGGUACAAGCAAUAAAUCGCAUGACAAAUUGCUUGGAAGAAGAGAAUACUCUUGGAGGGAUUCAGUUCUUACUUACAAGUAGACAAAAUAUGACGUUUCAGCAUAGGGGCAUAAGAAUGAGCUUGUUGAAUGAAGAAGAAAGUAAGAAAUUACUUGGUGAGAAGGUGUUUGGUGAGAAGGUGUUUAGUGAAGACGGUUUCCCUCUCCAACUUGAGGAACUGGGAGAGAAGAUUGCCAAGAAAUGUGAAGGUCUUCCUCUUAUGAUAGUCACAGUAGCAGAGCUCCUAUCAAAAGCCGACAAGACCCCAGAAUACUGGACUGAGGUAGCCUACAAACAACACAACUCACUUUUCGAGGACGCAUAUAAUCAAGUUUCAGAGGUAUUUUUCCCAAGCUAUGACUAUUUACCCCAACAUUUAAAAAUGUUUUUCCUCUAUAUGGGAUCUUUCCCUCCAUAUAUUGAUCAGAGUCCAGUCGCGAUCAAUAAUCUGUCAAGAGUUGAGGGCUUUCUUGAACUGAAUUUUGAAAAUAGUUUUGAAGAUUUCUUGGAAAAGCUUUCUAAGCGGUAUCAUCUUGUUCUCGACACAGAAAAUUUGUGGUAUUUGAAUAGACGGUGUUGCGUGCAUUCUUGUUGGCAGCACUUGUGUAAGGUAGAAGCUAGUAGGAUCAAGUUUCUACAUGUCUUACGGGGUUGUGAUGAUGUUAUAAAAGACAAGCGUCGAUUGUGUGCGCAUUACAACAAUUUAUUUUGCUUCAAACAAGUGUAUGAUUCGAUAAAAAGUGAUUGUGCAUCCACUGCCCGUUCUCUCCUUUGUCAUGAUCCUUAUCUGCCAUAUCCAAUCCCAAUACAAGCCAUGGGUUUCAAGUUGCUCAGGGUACUAUUUGCUCUUCCAGUUCGAUUUUACCAUAUCCCAAUCGAAAUUUUGAAACUUGUUUAUUUGCGAUACCUUGCCCUAUCUUGCAACGGGGAGCUUCCUCCUUCCAUAUCCAACCUUUUUCACCUUCAAUUCUUGAUUAUCAAUCCGCAUAUGAAGAUUAAAAAGCGUGGAGUUCAGUCUUAUAUGCCUGUGCAAAUUUGGGACAUGCAAGAACUAGAGCAUCUUGAGAUUUGGGGAAAGGAUCUACCAACCCCUAACAAUACUGAUGAUGCUACCUUGAACAAACUCAUCACACUUCAUGGUGUGAGCGCAAAUAGUUGUACAAGAGAAGUUCUCAAAAGAAUUCCUAAUUUAACGCAUUUAGGAAUUAAUGUGGAGUUGAAGCCUUAUGAUGAUGAAGAUGAAACCAACCCAUUGAGUUGCUUGGGUUAUAUCUCCCAACUCCAAAAUCUGGAGGAACUUGAAUAUUGGGUUAUUUAUCCCGAGAUAAAGUAUGAGUGUAAUACGAUUCCUCUUUCAAUGUUUCCAUCAAGUCUCAAGGUGUUAUGGUUGUCCGGGUUAGGGGGGUAUCCUUGGAAUUACAUGAAUGACAUUGGUUCACUGCUGCCGAAUCUCGAGAUUCUCACAUUAACAGACUAUGCAUUUCGAGGCCCAGAGUGGGACAUAACACCAGGGAGUUUUUUGAAACUUAUUGAACUUCGAAUUGAAGACAUCGAUUUGGUGCGAUGGAGGCCUCAACGUGGAAGCUUCCCGAUGCUUCGUAGACUAAGCAUGAGUCAUUGCUACAAAUUACAACAGCUCGAUUGGCCGUAUGACCACUCUUGGAUAGAAAUCAUUGAUUUACGCGAGUGCAAUCCUUUAGCUGUUGCUUGUGCCAAUGAAUUAAAAGACAAGUUUUCCUUUUACCUUUUCGUCGAAUCUUCUUUUUGAGGUCAAGUGACUCUGCGACUUGCCUAACAGGCAAAUGAAAGAGCCGAUGGAAGGAUUUUGUCGAUGAUUAUGAAAACCUGAGUGAUGAAUUGUGUUUGUAACCAAAAUAGUAUGAAAGUUGGAUUAGUGUGAAAACAUGUUUUGCAACUAAGUGAAGGGUACGUCGUCGUUUUGCAGUUGAGGCUACCUUAUGUUGCUUCUGAAUCGAGAGUUGCUUCACCUGCCGCAGGUGAGUCUCUAGCUGCUCUCUGCGUUGGAUUUUUUUAAUUUAAGAAUUACUGCUUCACGGGCACCUCACAGUCGCUUCAAGGUCACAUCAUAUAUUGUAGGUAUGAAUCGCCUUACUGGUGAGGAAUUGCAGCUAGACGGAUCCAACUCGCGUGGAGACGCAGAAAGAAGCAAACGCAUAUAGAUUCAUUGGAGUAACGGAUUCUAGCCAACUGAAAGGAUCUUCGAUGCACGAUCUCCUUCCUCGUUGGAUAGCGUGUUUGUGCUCGUAAAAUGAGGUUCCUCUUUUCCACUCUGCAGAAGCCAUUGUGUAGAUGAUGCUAACUCAUAUAAACUGCUCUUAAUUUUAGAUCGAGUUAUAGAAAUCAAGAUUUUGAUUUGUUUGGACACAAAUAUUUUGUGUAAUCAGUUAAUGUGUUUUUGUAAUAGCUUAAAAACAUCAGAUUCUGGAACAAUAAGCUUAUAAGUAGUUGAAGCUUAUAAAUCUCUAAAAUAAAAUUAGUCAA